CCGGGAGAGUAAUACGUUCUAGUAUUUUGCCCCGGCGGUAAAGUAACGUUUACUCUCUCGACGGCGAGUCCCUCGCGCGACGUGCGAGUACUCGAGCCUCGUAAACGCGAAACACAUGCGAGCGUGCACGCAUCGAAACGUUGGAAGCGGGCAAUCGAAAAAAAGGACAACAAAAGAUAAAGCAAGCAGAGUCGAGUGUUGACGAUCGAAGCUGUGCGAUUCCGAUUCUUCGACGUUUCAUCGUACAGGAUUUUGCCAAGAGAUCGCGCGUGCGUGUUACACCGAGAAUAAGUGCACCGAGUGACCGACACACCAGGUGACGUUUCUUUCCGAGUCAAAUGUAUUAUAUUCAGUGAUCAGCCUGCAACCGGAACAACGCCAUGUUGUUUUAUCCUCGAUUUGUUGUUAUUUUUUUAACCCCUUCUUUAUCGGGUUUCGAAAAUAACCGGAAUUUACCAUUGCAAACAAUAAAUCAGUGAUUUUCCAUGAAAAAUAACGGUGCUACGACGAUUAUCGGUGGAACAGUGUGUUUUCAACGUAAAUUUAAAUCGGUGCGCUAAGCGAUCGUGCGUGCUGUGUAGUGCUACGAUAAAAAUAUUUGAAGUUCGGUUGCAUUGGGAGAGUGCAAGGUGCGCAAGGUAGCCUCAGAAAAGUUGAGAAAGGCUUCGCUACACGCUCGUAUAUAUCGCUAUAUAUACAUAAAUACAGUGUAUCCCAUACUGUGCGAUGGUGUGUGCGUUUCUUGACUUCGGGCACGCCGUGAGAGCGUGGAAUGCGCGCUGACAGGGUUUUCGAACAUGUUCCGAGGGGUCUUGGGCGCAGAGAGUCUGACAGGGCUGAUGAAGGGCGGAUAGAGGGUAAACUCGAGUGAAAGGGGGAAAAAAAGGUGGUCGAAAGGAGAGUGUGUAUGAUGAAGCCUCGCGUGGAAAGGCGGAAGAGGGCUUCACAGUUCGACGGAGCGUCAAACGAUUGUGAAAAAGUGAGAACGAGCCUGAGCAAGACGGAAAGAAUAACGAGCGAGAUUUCGAGGUUAAACGGCUCGCCGAGCGAGAGCUUGGACUCGGAGAAUUUUUUAUACGACAUUAAAACUUGGAUAAACUCGUUGUUCGAAGUUGAAUGAUGAGCAGCGAGAUGGCCUCGUCGAUAUGCGUGGGGACGUCAACGCUGUCCCGUCAAAAUUCGUCGCACUCUCAAAAAGUCAUCGUCGCCUCCGAUCUCUCGGAAAAAUCGGCGAACGCCGACGCGAAAAAGGACGAUCGGGUCACGACCUUCAAUGCGAAUGUCGCUGUCGUCGCUGAUAUGGAUCUCGUCAACGGUCCCAAUCCCUGGCUCCCAGCCUAUGGAUUCCAACUUCAACAACACGCUCAACACUUUCAACCCACUCACGAGGAUCUACGCGCUAAUGAUCCGGCUUUACCGCAACAAGGAGAUUUUCUCGAGACAAUACUAGAAGAAACGUCGGACGAUUUGCAGAGCGAUUCAGACCGCAGCGGUACAACGUACUGGCUCGGUUCGGACUCGGAAACGGAGAGUGUUAUUCACAUCAAGGGCCACCAGAGGGCAGCAGAGGAGCGUCCGGAUGGUAGCGGAAGCGAGUGCAAUUCGGUGGUGCCGAAGAAGCGUCGGCGGAGAAAUGCGAGUAAAGACAGAGACGCGACGUUGACAUUGGGCGAGGAUCAUUGGGCCUCGCCGAGGUCAUCGAGGUCUUCGGAAUCGUCGUCAAGGUCAAGUUCUUUGUUGCAGUUCGAGUCGUUGGAGCGGACCUGCGCGACGGUGUCGCCCUCGGGUUACAGUUACGAUUCCCUCGAAUAUUCUAAUCGUCCGAGCACGCGUUUCGAGAAUACCUCGCCCGACAGCCUCGAGGAGGAGGAUUGCGAGGAGGAUUCUCGUCGUUUGAGAAAUUCGAGAUCGAACGGUUCAACGUUGAACGGACGAAACGGUUUUGGCAAUUUGAGACCGUACCGCAGCUUCGAGAGCCUUGACACGUGUCACAAAAGCAGCGAUUUGACCUCGAGCGACCUCGCCAACGGGUUCUCCACCUCGUUCUAUUCCAAGACGAGCAACGAUCUCACCGCCGGUGCAAUUAAAAACGAUCGAGGUCACAGAGAUUUUUGGCACGAGAAUUACGAGGAGGAAGAGUACGAGUACGAGGACGACGAGGAAGAGGAUGACGAGGAGACGCUGGUGAAUCGGGAUUCAAGGAUUUACGAUUCUUACGAUAACCGUGGAGGGAAUUUUGGCUCUUCGAAUCUGGGUGAAUCGAAUUUGGGCAAUUAUUCGACGUCGUUGGAUUACAGAAACACGACGGAUCUUCGCGAGAUCGGUUUGUCGAGAGCUUACGAUUUCAAGUCGCUGCAGCAACAGCAGGGAUCGCCAUUGUGCAGUUUGGUGAAUUCGGCGUCUUCGAGAAUGCUUCAGAGCACGAGGUUAAAUAUAGCAGGCGUCGAAGAAGAGGAGGAGGAGGAAGAAGAAAGAGUUCGCGGGGGGGUCAGCACUGGUUGUAUCAGCAACAAAAUGGCGUCGAGCAACGACAGCGUCACGUUUCUCCAACAUCAUCAUCAUCAUCAUCAUUCGCAUUCUCACAAUCAUUCGCAUAAUUCGCAUCAAAACGAACGAGGGUGGAGUAACGAGUCGUUGGGAUUUAAAUUUAGAACAACGCUCGGAGCAACAGCGGAGAAGUGCCUGAGCGCUCCCAGUCUGGGUAGCGACGUCGAAGACUCGAUCAGUCGUUGUUACGCAUUCGGCCGUGGUCCACGUAGCUCCGGCGCGAGUUUCGGUACCGUUUCGUCGACGGAUCUCUUCGAGAAUUACACGAGAGUCGCGAGUGUUCCGGUGGACCUUAAUCUCUGUGGAAAAAACGAGGAGCUCGAUCAGAGGGACGAAGAAAACGAGGAGGAAGAAGACGUCACGUUAACGAACGAUGAUAACGCUCUUGAAAAUUUUCAAAUAAAAAGCCACAAAAUGGCGGAUGAUUCGGUGCUGAGCGAGCAAUCUUCGUGCGAGAGCACCUCCAAGGGUCUGUCCGACAAAGAGGACUCCUCGUCGCCUUGUCAGAGUGACGAAAAAACUACAAAAGUGAGCGUGGUGCGUACGUCAUCGGUACGAACUCAAAUACGUCCCGAGAUCGCAGAGGUCAAUCCCGACCUGGCUCGUGGCAAAGCCAGCCAAAGAUCGAGCAAUAGUGACCCUGAGAGCUCUGCCAAAAUGAACGCGAAUGAAGCAAGCUCGAGCGAGCCAGAGGACGAGGACACCGUGCUCGAGGACGAAACUCCCAGUGUAACGCGGGAUCCCGUGCCACCAAAAUCCACCGUUAAAACUCAGGAUCGCGGAGGAAAUAACGUGCUGGAAAUGGCUUUGGCCAUGGAGAACGACAUCGACGCAGUUGUCGACGAAGCGAUAAGGCAGUUCAAGAGAGAAGUCGAAGAAGCCACCGGAAGCGGCAACGAAACUGCGAUUUUAGCUCUAGAAGCUGUCCAGAGGCUUGGGAAUGAAAAACAGCAGCAGCAGCAGCAGCAGCGUGCUGCUCGACGCGUUAAAAACAACGCGAGCUACGAGCUCGCACAGCAGUUCGAAGUAAACGAAAAUAAUUUUCUCCACACGGGUAGAAUGUCGUCGUGUCUCGAGGACGAUGCGGAAACCGCUGCUCCGAGUUCACCGACUAAUUCUGGGCGACGACGAGUCCUCAAUAACGCGAGUUACGAGCUCGCCCAACAGACGGAUUACAUGAAGCUGCUGCAGAAAAAUUCUUCGAGGCCUUUCCAUCGCAUGGACGCCUGUGACGAACGCCCGGAAGUUCCUCGACCGGGAAUAACCUGCGGUGACAAAGUGGCCGACAUUGUUCGUCAAAUGAGCAAAGAUCCCGGUAGCUCGAGUCACGAAAGUUCAACGAUGAGCAAUCAGCUCCUGGAAACCGAGCGAAGCCUUGAACCCGAGAGGCAACGUGCUUCGGGACGCUAUCACGACAAUCGCGUCGUCAAUUCACCCGGUAAAAAUUACGAAUCCGGCGAUGGGGAAUCGAUGCUUGGUCAGAUAAAAAAAAACUCGGAUCCAUUUUCACUUUAUGGAGAAAGUGGUAGAGCGAUGGGCAGAACGUUGGGCAGUGUCGAGGCCGAAAUCGAGGAAGACGAUGAGGUAGAUUAUCCCUGUUUGGAAAUAAAAUCCAUAAUAGAACCUAGUGCUUUCCCCGGAGACGUUUCGAGGCACCUCGGCAGGAGGAAGAGCAGCGAAAGGUGGCAAAACGACGAGAUUUCAACGAGCUUCAACGAGGAAAGCUUGGCUCCACGCGGCUUGACGUUUCUGGGAGAUUUUUAUCCGGAAACUAAAAAUCAUUUGGCAAGAGGCGCUGAAAGUCCUGGCACAGAGAGCGAACGAGAUCAGAAGAGAAACUACGGUGAAACCGGCGCCUCUGACGCCCACCGUAAACAACGAUCCUCCUCAACUUGCUCCGCUUCUCCUUCUUGUUCUUCCUCAUCUUCUGGUUCUCCUACUUCUUCGUCUUCCUCCACGUGCAACAAGUCCGAGUCCCUGGGCUCCGAAGAGAGGGGGGGCACCCUCGAAUCCAUUCGGUCAGUACAUACUCGAGAGACUACUGUAUCGCCCCCGAGCUCCGUACUCGAAGGAGAGAAGGAGGAGAAGAGCACGCCGAUGGAGAAGGAGGAGGAGGCGUCGUCAUCGAAUGUUUUGGAGUUGGAGAAGGAGAAGGAAGCGAAAAGGAGUAGGAGGAGGAGGAGAAAAGAGUGUGCGUACGUUGAGACCGGCGGUGCCAGCGGUGCGGCUAGUUGUGUCCACGCUGUAACUCCAGCAACGUCAUCCCCACCGCGUCCAGCACCGAGCCACGCUGUGCGUUCCGACGAUCCUAACGAGAGUAAAGUCAAAGAGCGACUUCGGCCGGAUGAGAAUCUCGCCGAAAGGAUUUUCAAUAAUUCGACUGAUGAAAAGAGAGCGAACCAACAGUUCUCAACCCUAGCUGACGAGGAGAACGAUCGAGAGUUCGAUAAAUACGAAAAUACGAAGAAAACGACGACAAACAACGCGGAAAUGUCCGCGACCGCGGCCAAGAGGCUCGCCAUGGCUUCUGGCCCACCGAGAAACAACAACGAACAACCCCCAAACGGCCUCAAUAAAAGUGAACUCGAACAAUCUAAAAAUAUACAUCUUGGCAGCCCCGGUAACGAGAGAAAAAAAAGUGGCCUCGGCGGCUUUUUGCAACGAUUCUCGCGCCUCAGAUUCAGCGGCAGAUCCAAAGUUCCACGAUCCGAAAUCAACAAGAAAUUCAACUCCGAAAGCACCUCCGUCGAACCAUUCAAUUCCAAUAGAAAAACUUCUAACACCAACGAACUACUAACCAACACCGCCAGACGAAAGGAACCUGACUAUAUCAUUAUUCCCCUGCAUGCACCCGACGACGAUUCCAACAAAAUACGAUCGCACGACGAACAAGACUUUGAAUAUAAAAACAGAGCCAGGAGAUCCAGCGAUUUGGAGCGAAGCGCAUCCUGUGCCAGUCCGAACGGGAGGCCGCUAGUAUCCAGUAAACCACCUUUGCCACCGAGUCAUCAGCAGUCCGGGGCAAGCAGCGGGGGUGGCAGCAGCAGCAGCAGCGUUGUUGCGCGAAGCACCGGCGCGACAAUGACGGGAACACCGCGAUGCGUUAGCGGCGGAGGAGGGGUUGUCGGUAAUGCGCGCCGGCGCGCGGCAACUGAUCUGGGUAGCCCGGCAGCGAUCGAGAUGGCGAAGGCCCGUGCGAUGCAGGCCGCCCAGGAGCCGCGUCCGGUUGGCCUCCUCGAGACCGACCUCGACGCCGCCGAGCCGGCGAUUCGUCACGUUAACCUGAACACCAUCAACGGGGCGUCGGCCACGAGCCACCCCCGCAACAACUCGCAUACAUCAACGAGCAACAAUCAACCCGGCAAAAAAACCCGGAGCCUGCUCAAUCUCAAUCACACCAGUGCCCGCCAGGGACGCGAAGUUCAUAACCACCUGAACAACGAGAACGAACUUCGGGUUCCGCACUCACCGACCUCUGCCAACAGAAACAACUCUCAACACCACCAGGAUCACCACAAUUCCAAUCAAAGGCCCCACAAAUCCAUGGAGUUCCUCCUCGACAAGGAGAAUCUUCAUUUCGUCAAGCCACCGGAAAACGAGCUACAAAAGGUUGGGGAACGUGUGCCAAGCGAACACGAGCUGAGGGUACAAAGGUCAUUGCAACGUCUCAAUGUUCCGGAUUGGUACAAAAAUUCACCGGCAGCUCGCGAUGGUUUUCGUCUGAAGAGGCACUCCGAUGCCUCCCAGCACAGCGGAUGGCGAUCACUCGGCUCAAAAACAACUUCACUGUCCUCCCUCUCGUCGUCUUCCAACCGGCAACCUACUACCGGUGUACUUCUAAGCCCGAGUCCAACGCCACCUGUAUUUUCGCGAUGGAGUACGAGUUUGUUGAACAGCGCCGGAAGUUCACCCGCGAGCUCGGCGAGAUCAUCGUUCAAUCAUCGGCAACCUUAUCUCGGCUGGCGUUCGCAAGAGCGUUUGGCAAAUCCACGAACACCAGCGGAGCGUCUCGCUCAAGGCAUUUUACCGCAGCUGCAAUCUGCGAAAAAGCAGCAGCAGCAGCAGCAACAACAACAGCAGCAACAACAACAGACGAAUCAGCAGCUGGAGGUGAGAAACUCGAUAAAGGAGGUGACCUCGGCCAUUGUGCAUUACGUGCAAAGCGGCCAGGAGGUCGCCGGUGGUGGAAGACUCUCGCCGCGGCCUCGACCCGACGAUUGGGACGACAGGGGCGGUGCGAGAUCCACGAGUCCGAGAGGAAGCGUUAAAUUAUGCUGGAUGGAAAGUUCGUUCGUGGGCUCGAGACGAAUAGAUUCGCCGGAAACACCGAUGAGUUUUGCCACCGACACGGAAUGUUGCGCGGGUUGUAAUGCAACGGGUACGGAAUCUUGUAGCUGCGUUGAUUCGGCGACCUCGGGGCUUUACCUCGAUCUCACACCGACGAGAGACGAGCCACAACGUCAUCGGGGUGGACACCAACAACAUCAACAGCAACCGCAGGUCCCACAUCACGGGAGUCGUAGCCAAUGCCCGUCACCCUCGCCGACCUUGAAUUACCACCAACCAAUCCACCAUCACGUGCACCAACAGCAGCAGCAACAACAUCGACAUCAUCGUGGAUCGGGACAGAGCGAGGACGAGGAGGCAAUGGCUACGGCAGCUCUUCUUCGGAACAAACCCAGCCCCGGCUCCACGACCCUGGAGGACGUCCUUGACUCCCUCCUUGGACUGCCUUCCGCCUCGCGGACCCCAAGCCCCGGGCCAGGGCCCAUUUCCGCUAGCACGUCAAUACGACAUCAACGAACCUCAAAUACUGGCUCACCGGCUGGUCAAACGACGAAUACCAAAGCCGGGAAGAGCUGCAGCGACCUGCGCCAAGACCUCCAAGAGUCCGCUAGGGUCGAGGACGAUGGCGCGGGCAUUAAAGAAGUCGGCGGGAGUCGCGGCUCACCGUAUUACGUCGGAGAAUUGGUGCGAAGGAAGAGCGAGGGUAGCGACAUUGUGCCUCCGCAUCGGUCCAGUUCGAGGGGAUCGAACGUGAGAAACAGGCGGGUUUCGUUCGACGCGGCGCAGCAGAACAGCAUCGAGAACAACGGAUUGGGGCUCCAGCUCGGUGAGAAGCUCGUCAGGUGUCGUAACAACAAGUGCAACAACACGACGACCGUGGCAGAAGCACGAAGAGUUUACAAGAGUUGUCACAAUUGCACGUGUCUCUAUUGCUCCCGAGAGUGCCGAAGAGCGCAUUGGCAGCGUCAUAGACGCACGUGUUUGCACUCGAGAGCUGGAACUCUUUGUAGACAAGUGUUGUCCUCAGCGAAAGAGGAUUCCGCUACGUUGAAGCACAUUUCGGCGCUUGCGCAGCGCGGCUACGCGUCCCACGGCCGAGGGGCCGUUAAGUGCUUCUUCACGAGCCCAGAGAUAGCUGAACAGUUCGUGAGCAACGGUUUCGUCGACCUGGGAGAACCGACUUACGUCAGAUGGUCGGAACUGUUGCCCAGCGAGAUGGGCCCUGAACUCUACACCGAAGUUAUACGCCUCUGCAAAUCGUACAAUCCGGAAACGCGACUCGUUCUAUACGUGGCAGUUUGCGUUGUCAGCGAGGUGCCGUCUAGCGGUGCUGUACGCUGGGAACGCCAAUUGGUAUCGCGAUGCGGCAAAAUAAGACUGGACACUUCCUGCAGACAACCGAGCGUCAUUCCCCCAGCUUCCAGCGUACCCUCACCCGGAACCAGAACCGGAACUACCUCGCCCUGCAACAUCACCCGGGAAAUGGACUCCCCCGAAACUCUCGUACUCACAUCAAUGCCCGGCACCGACGGACAACACACUCCCAGAAGCUCCCGUGAAAUCGGCUUCACCAACAUCCAACGCCAACUCAGACUCCGCGGCGUUUCACUACGGAGACACUUCCCUCAGGUUUACACCAAGCUCUGCUCUUACGUCGAUGGCACCGUUGAUAAAUUCGCACCCGUCACCAUCUACCCCAGGGAUCAAGCCUCCGGUAAGAGCUUCAUGUGCAUCAUAAUGCUCGAUGCCGAACCCGAGAGGCUCCAACUUCUGCCAACCGAUUCGUCCAGGGUCAGGACCGUCGACAUCAGCGUUGAACAAGAGUAAACUUACCGCCGCGCGGAACAGCGUACCAGCUUGCAGAAUUAAGUUUACUUUCUUUCGACUGUCGACUAAUCUUCGGUUGCAAACUUCAUGGAAAUGUCAUUUCGUUGGUUGGAACGUAAAUUCCGAACACUCGGAAAUCGGUGAACGUUCUUCAGACCAAUUCAUUAAAAACGGGGUUCAAGUUAACCGAGUCUGAAUUUCAUUGAUGCGCAGCAGUCGGUCCAGUUUUAUAGAGAAAGUUCAAAGACGCUUUAUAGAAUUAAGGUGAAUCCACGAUCGAACCACAGUCCGAACAAACCAAAACGACGUUCCCCGAGGUUGUGGUUCAUCGAUGAACUCUCGCCUUAAAUUCAAGCAAUCGGUGCACGUAUCAAAAGCUCUGCUGAGAACUCAAAUAGAAAAGGUACAUAAACCUGUCGCUUGGAGGCGCUACCGUCGCUACGAGGAUUCAAGAUUUGCGAGGCCCCGCGAAUGGCACAGACUUCAGAAAAGCUGGGAAUUAUCUUCGAACACUCAUUCGCUCAUUGCCAAAGUUCUCUCGCCGAACGAAAUUCUAAAAAUUCGCGAAAACCCCUGGGAAAAGGUGUUACGGAAGUAAAGAAAUGUCGGUCUGUUGCAAAGGAAAGAAAAACACAGAUACACGUUCGAGAACUAGAUGCUAGACAAAUUCCCGGAUUUUCUGUACCGUAUAGUUCAAAUAACUGCUGCUAUUAUUAUGGAAUUAAAUGAUUAUCCCGUAGUUGGUGCUCUCCUUACGUUGGGACGAUAGACUUGCGAUAUACACGAGGACAAUCGCGCAGCCCUCAACCUAAAACGACGGUUUUUAGCAGAGCCAUCGAGCUUUCGUUGAUAUAUUAUUAAUUAUUAAUAAAAAUAACAAGAAAACUGAAUAAGAGAUUAAGAUAAAUAUGCUCUAUAGAGAAUUUAUAACGAUAUUGAGGAAGCUAGGAAAUUGAACUGGUCGAAUCAUUGCUUGAAUUUGAGAAAUUCGUUUUUUUUCAUCAUUUUUAUGGAUGAAUUGAGAAAAAUGUGGUUUUUAAUAUAAAUUAGAUUUGUGCAAGUGUACCAUUGCAUGGGUAUUCGUGUUGAGGAGGAUGAAUUAAUUUGUAGUCUCAUAUUUCAUUAAUCCGGUGAGUGAUUUCAUCCCAAUCGAGCAUUAAGUCGUUAAAAUUUAAUUAAUAAAUUUAUCGUACGUUUUCAUAACUCAAUUUAUUAUAAUUCUCGUUGUCAUUUAAUCCCGUUAUCGAAUCCUAUAUAUUGUUAGUUAUUAAAAUAAAUCCUAGCGCUUGUUUCGUAAUCGAUUGAAUAAGUAAAUUGAAAGAAAUGCUUUCACGAAAAUAAAUUCGUACUGAUAUGAUAAAAAUCGAUGAAAAUGUUGGAGAAAAAAACCUCGAAAUUGGCACUUUUUCGACUGGUACAAAACUCUGACACCUCGGAACAACAAAAAAGUGUAAAACAAAGCGCUUUAUUCCUCGGAGUUUGAGUGAUUGGUUAAGUAUCGUGACCGGGGAUAUGAGGAUUUUCAAAAGUUCGAGAUAUACGUGGACAUGUAUGAGGUUAAAUAAAAUCACAAUUAUUUAAUAUCAUAUGUUUGCAUUUAUAUUAUAAAAAAUAAAUAAAUCAAUAAUUAUAUAUAAAAAUAGCCCUGCAAUUGAAUUAUUGCUGGAGCACGGUAAUAGCUUUUCCAAAAGGAUUGAAUAACUAAAGAAAUAUGAAUUCAUACGCGAUGCAUGACGUGCCAAAAUGAAAAAAUUUCAUUUGAAGAAAUUGCCAAAACAAAAAAGAUGAAAAAAAAAAUAUUCAAGUUUUGAAAACUCACCGAAAAUGUGAAAAGUUCGUGAACCAUAGUGGAUUUUUCGAUCUCUCGAGUCUGGCACCGUCGCUUUUUUUUUCAUCUCUCAUCUCCCUCGUGGAUCUCAAUCUUAGCAGGACCAAGAUAUAGCUCUAGAGACGCCGUUGAAUUUUUAUGAAAAUUAUCUUUCCGAUGAGUUCAUGAAGAUUUACGUUUCUGUUUUUUUUUUUUUAAUUUUUUUAUUGUUUUUUAUUUUUGUUACCAAUGCUUCGUCAAUACAAUGGAAGAGAGGGUAAAAAAGGAUAACUACAGUGUGCCAAGCCCUAGAAAAGUCGGAUUCGUCCUUUGCAGAUAUUUUUUCAAUCUCCUGGACGUCAAUUUUUAACGAGCCAAAGCGAACAACGCGUUUAUAGCAAAGCCAACAGUUAUUCUUGUAUGUACCAAAUAGAAAUUACCGCCCGGAUCAAAAGAAGAGAGAGGAGUUAAUCGAUACGCCAAUUUUUAGUGGCUAUUUACACUCGCGAAUAGAUUUUUAUCUCUUUUUUUUCAUUGACCCGCCUCGAAGGAACAAAAUAGUGACGGAUAAAACUUCGAUACAUAUUCGACGUUGUUCGACUGAAAAUGCAGAGUCGAAAAUCCGGACUUCAAAUAUAUGAGGAUUUCGUGCCGGUGCCUGCGGAAGGUCUAAUUCCCGAGCAAGAAAAAUCAUUUUGCUUCUUCGAGGACCCAUUCGAAAUUCUCUGGUCGUACGAUCGUGACAAAAAUUUUAUUUACAGUCUAACAGUUUUUUUUACCAAGCAAGUCGAAUACUGGGAUUUUUCGAUGGAAGAUUCUUCGAUGAUCAAAUAUUCGUUUUGACUAAGUUCACUUCUGUUCCGCAUCGCUUUGUGAAAGCUAAAAACACGUGAAUUUUAUAUGUAUAACCUCAGAAAUCGAACUCAAAUAUCACGUCGCUCAAGAAUGAUCUGUGAAAAGACAUUUUUUUUCGCAUUUUUGUGCACGAAUGUUCGACCAGGAAUUCUUGAAUAGCAAAAAAACAUUUGUAGGGAGAUAAUUUUUUAUUUUCUAGGACAAGCGGAAAAAUUCCCCGAAUGCUGAACGCGGCAGAGUCUUUAUUUGUGUAUAUAUUACGGAUGAAUAAGCAACGAGUGUGUGAGCGAGAAAGAGAAAGAAUAAAAACGUGCGUUCGAAACUAGAGUAUAAAUAAUGGUAGCGAAUCAACCUUUUUUUGAGUAAAACAUUGAUAAGAAUCGUGAAGCGCGAAUGAGCUCAAUGAAUAAUUGAUUGCGCCUAAACUCGUCACGCCUGGUAAAAUCUCACAGGAAAACUAAAAUUCGUCGAAAUAUUUGCAUGACUGCGAUAACAGUCGAGCCACAUUUCUGAGCUAGUAAAAAGUGAACAAUGAAAUAAAGCUGUUGAAUUCUUCAUAGUUACUUUAUAUCUGGCUUUACGAAAAUAAAAAACGCAAACGAAUAAAAAAAAUGCGAUGAACCCUCGAAAGGCGUACUGACCGAAUUGGGACGAUUAGAAUCAAUUCGAAACGGCAGUAAUAUCUCGGUAACUGGAGAGCAAGAGCUGCAAUCAGAGAAAAAAAAAAUCCACUCACGAUGGGAAGCCCCGCACGCAAGCGUCGCUCGAAUGUAUUGUUCCAUUUUGACAGUUUUUGUCAGUUGGGAGGUUAGAAAAAUUAAACAUGGAAGUAUUCGAAUAAUUGAUUAAUACGAAAAAUAUAAUAGCGUCUUAUUGUAUGUCUCCAAAUAAUUUGUAUUGUUCGUCGCGUAUUGGCCACAGGCGAGAGAGGUCGACAAUUUUAUGAGAGAGAAUAAACAAAAAAACAAAUGAAAGGUCGUAUAGGAAAAAAGUAUUUGUUGUUCGGUUUAACGAAGCCUUUCAGUGAGGUCAAACCUUAUUGAAAAUAAUCUUCAAGUGUUUAUUAUUAUAUUGUAUUGAAAACGAGAACGACGACGAUCUUUUAAUCGUGAACGAGAUUAAAAUCUACAUCAACGAUCAAUGUAUACCACCUAAAAACUACGUUUAAAGAAAUUAUAUAUGUAUAUAUAUACAUAUAGAUUGACUCAUUUUAUCGAUAGUACAUUCGUAACGAAUUUCUGGGAACAGAAUAGAGUCCACAUAUUCAUAUCGGGAAAGGUCGUUAUGAAGGUCAAAAAACAUUUCUCCCUCCCGCCCUCAACCCAAAUCUAUACCUAGAGCAUAUAUAUAUAUUUCAUGUGACCGAUAUUCACAUUUCAACAAUUAUCGACCACACGUCUCUCAUCAAAACUUCCACAAUUUCCGGGAGAAUCUCGAGCUACAAAUCGAUCGUCUAUUGCGAAGAAAAAAAUAAAUGUGAAAUGAAAAAAAAAAACGUAAAAAUUGGGGUAUUUGCGCAAUGUAGUUCACUCCGACACUCCGAGUAUCGAUCUAAACUUGUAUCUAUAUCGGUGCUAUCGUGUGCUACUAUUGUUUUUCGCAUCUGUGUAUGUCUCAAUUUUUCAAAUAAAAUGUUAAUUUUAUUACAAUCGCAUAAAAAA